AUGGACUUGGAUGUCACAAGUGUUGCCCUCUUCGCGAGCAAAUAUGAGUUCAGCACCCGGGUGCCCACGGUAGAGAGGCAAGUGCAGCGGCGGUCGGCCAGACUUUUCCUCGUCAACAUGCAACUAAAUACACACGAUGCAGACCGCUGUGACAGUGUGGUGGAACUCGAGGACCGAGAUGCGCAUCAAGCGGUUCCGGCAGCAGAAGAAGAUGUCAAGCAAGACACGAAUGGCAACCGCUACGGGUGGCGGUUCUGGAUCAUCUUUACGGGCCUGGCGCUCUCAGCUCUGCUCAGCGGCCUCGAAGGCUCCAUCAUGGCCACCGCCUUGCCGACAAUCUUGGCCGACCUGGGAGCCGGUGAGAACUACGUUUGGGUCAUGAACAUCUACUUCUUGACAAGGCAUCCACUAUACGGGCAACUAGCCGACCUCUGGGGCCGACGAUGGCUCAUGAUCUCCUCGGUCGCCAUCUUCACCGCCGCCGGUGCCAUCUCCGGCACAGCCCAAACCACAUCCCAGCUCCUCGCCGGACGCGGGCUCCAGGGCAUCGGCGCAGGCGGCAUCAACAUGCUCGUCGACCUCAUCAUCUGCGACCUGGUGCCGCUGCGCGACCGCGGCAGCAAGACGGCGCUCCUCUUCGGCCUCAUGACCGUGGCGUCGGCCGUCGGCCCGCUCGUCGGCGGCGCCCUCGCCUCGCGCCCGGGAAUGUGGCGCUGGAUCUUCUACCUCAACCUGCCCACCGGCGCCGCCGCGCUGCUCAUCCUCUUCGUCUUCCUGCGCGUCCGCAAGCCCGGCGACGGCGGCGGCGACGACGCCACGACGACAGUGCCCUCCGCCCGCCACCAGCUGCUCCGCCGCAUCGACUGGGUCGGCAACGCGCUGCUCAUCGCCUCGACGACGCUGGUCCAGUACGUGCUGACCUACGCAGGGUCGCGCUACGCAUGGGGCAGCGCGGCCGUCAUCGGGCCCCUCUGCGGCGGGCUGGCACUCCUCGUCGUCUUCGCGCUGUGCGAGGGCUCCCCGCGGCUGUGCCCGCACCCGGUGGUGCCGGGGCGGGUGGCGGGCAACCGGACAUCGGCGGCGGCGCUCGUCGUCAGCUUCAACCACGCGCUGCUGGCCGUGUGGGUCAUGUACUUUUUACCCGUCUACUUGCAGGCGGUGCGGGGCUCGACGCCGCGGCGGGCGGGCGCGCAGCUGCUGCCCGUGGUCUUCGCCUUCCCCGCCGCGGCGGCGGGCGUCGGCGCGGUCAUGGCGCGCACGGGGGGGUGGUUCCGCGCGGCGCAUUUUGGGGGCUUGCUCGUGCUGGGCGUCGGCGUGGGGUGCUGCUCGCUGCUGGGGCCCGGCGGGGGAGACGCGCCGUGGGUGGUGCUGGAGGUGGUGGUGGCGGCGGGGCUGGGGGCGGUGAUGCCGGCGCUGCUGCCGGCGGUGCAGGCGGAGCUGCGCGAGGCGGAUGCGGCGGCGAGCACGGCGGCGUGGGCGUUUGUGAGGUCGGUGGGCACCAUCUGGGGGGUGUCGGUGCCGGCGGCCGUGUUCAACAAUCGGUUCGCCGAGUUGGUUGGACGGGUCGGCGAUGCGGGCGCGAGGGAAGCGUUGGGCGAGGGUGGGGCGUACGAGCAUGCGUCCAAGGCGUUUGUCGAGUCGUUUGCGUCGGAGGAGACGAGGAGGCAGAUUGUGAGGGUGUAUGCGGACAGCUUGAAGCGCAUGUGGCAGAUUGGGGUCGUGUUUGCCGGAGUGUCGUUCGUGGCUGUGUUUUUCGAGCGGCCGGUCAAGCUGAGGAAGGAGCUGGAGACUGAUUUCGGGCUCGAGAAGGAGACAAAGUCGGCAGACGGCGGGGAGGCGGCUGAGGCGAAGGCGGCACAGGUUGGUGCAGGAAAGGGUCCGAACGGGGUGGUUCGGGAAUAA